AUGGCAGAUCAUCAGACUAAAAUUCAUCCAGUACUGGAUAUAGAAGCACCAUCAUCUGCAACAACAUUAGUGCCUGAAGGAUCGGUCAGGUCAGAGAAAGGUGACCCUGCUAUGCUUCAUCAGCCCCAAAUCCAGGAGAACAUUCCACUCAUGCACUCAAAACCACCAAAGAACAAGAGCUGCUGUUGCAAAUUCCUGUGUUGGACAAUCAGCCUCAUCCUUAUCUUGCUGAUCAUUCUUGGAGCCACUGCUGCUAUUCUUUAUGUGGUAUUUCAACCAAAAAUUCCCCAGUACUCUGUUGACAACCUCCGUAUAUCUGAUUUGAGACUGAAUUUUGACUUGAGCCUUUAUGCCAAGUUCAAUUUAAGGAUCACUGCGGAUAAUCCCAACAAAAAGAUUGGGAUAUACUAUGAGAAAGGAAGCCAUUUGAGUGUGUGGUACAAAAGCACUGACCUAUGCCAAGGGACACUACCUAAAUUCUACCAAGGUCACCAGAACAAGACAGUGCUCAAUGUGGCAUUAACCGGUCAAGCUCAAUAUGGAAGUACUUUGUUGGCAGCACUGCAGGAGGAAGCACAAACAGGAAGAAUUCCAUUGGAUCUUAAAAUUGAUGUACCAGUAAGUAUUAAACUUGGUAAGCUAAAGAUGAGAAAGGUGCGGGUACUCGGCAGCUGCAUGUUGAUUGUUGAUAGCCUGUCUACUAAUAGCUUAAUCAGCAUCAAGGCCAGAACAUGCAAGUUCAGGCUGAAGCUCUAA